AGAAAUAUCUAUGAAGCCGUGGAAAUGGUUUCCAUCCUCCCUCAGUCCUGCCUGCCUUUCAUCCCCUUGCUGCUUUGCUUCACCAUUCUUGCAUGAAAAGAGAUCUAAGGUGACAGGAAAUGUGAUGACUCAUCUGACAUCAGAUUGAGUCCCUUUUCAUUUGCCCUUUAUGCCAGCCUCAGUCUCUGCUUCUGAACAACCGUGUAUGUUUUGUGAAUGUUUUUAUUUCGCAGAAGACACAAAUGGAUCGCCGUGAGACUCUGAUGAUUUAAAGGUCUGAUGCAUGUAGCUGUCUGAUAGCUCUUUGUUUUCCACAUUCUUUUGCCUAGAAAAAGAAAUCAAAGUGUGUUUUAAUCAUGCUGACCAGCAAGCAUGAGGGAUUCCUUCACUUUGAUGUAUGUCUCUGGGUGUGUAUAUUUGUAUCUUUCUUUAAAGGCUGUGCAGGCUGUGUGUCUGAGGAGAGACUCUUUCACAGACUAUUCUCUCAUUAUAACCAGUUCAUCAGGCCUGUGGAAAACGUUUCUGAUCCUGUCACAGUGCAUUUUGAGGUAGCCAUCACACAGCUGGCAAACGUGGAUGAAGUGAACCAGAUCAUGGAAACCAAUCUGUGGCUGCGUCAUAUCUGGAAUGAUUAUAAAUUGCGAUGGGAUCCAAUGGAAUAUGACGGCAUUGAGACUCUUCGUGUUCCUGCUGAUAAGAUAUGGAAGCCUGAUAUUGUUCUCUAUAACAAUGCUGUUGGCGACUUCCAAGGGGACGGCAAGACAAAAGCUCUUCUUAAAUACGAUGGCAUGAUAACCUGGACUCCACCGGCUAUUUUUAAGAGUUCCUGUCUUAUGGAUAUCACCUUCUUCCCUUUUGAUCAUCAAAAUUGUUCCCUGAAAUUUGGUUCCUGGACAUACGACAAAGCUAAAAUCGAUCUUCUAAUUAUUGGUUCUAAAGUAGAUAUGAAUGAUUUUUGGGAAAAUAGUGAAUGGGAAAUUGUUGAUGCUUCUGGCUAUAAGCAUGACAUAAAGUAUAACUGCUGUGAAGAGAUAUACACAGAUAUAACCUAUUCUUUUUACAUUAGAAGACUGCCAAUGUUUUAUACCAUUAAUCUGAUUAUCCCUUGUCUCUUUAUUUCAUUUCUAACUGUGUUGGUCUUUUAUCUUCCUUCUGACUGUGGUGAAAAAGUGACGCUUUGCAUUUCAGUUCUGCUUUCUCUGACUGUGUUUUUGCUGGUCAUCACAGAAACCAUCCCAUCCACGUCCCUUGUGAUUCCAUUGGUGGGUGAGUACCUACUGUUCACCAUGAUCUUUGUCACCCUUUCCAUUGUGGUGACUGUCUUUGUGCUGAACAUACACUAUCGUACUCCAACCACACACACCAUGCCCAAGUGGGUAAAGACGGUUUUCCUUCAGCUAUUACCCCACAUCCUGAUGAUGAGGAGGCCUCUGGACAAGAUGAAGGAGACAUGUUCUGACAAAAACCCCAAAGGUAUUUCCAGCAAGCCAGCCAAAGUCAAGUCUGCUAACCGCAGAAAGCCCAAUCUUAAAGAAUGCUGCCUCUGUAAUAAAUCAAGGGAGCUUACCACGACCAGCAAGAGAAGAUUAAGUCAUCAGCCUUUACAGUGGAUGACUGAAAAUUUGGAGCACUCCCCUGAAGUUGAAGAUGUGAUUAACAGUGUUCAUUUCAUUGCAGAAAACAUGAAGAACCAAAAUGAAACAAAGGAGGUAGAAGAUGACUGGAAAUAUGUGGCCAUGGUGGUGGACAGAGUAUUUCUUUGGAUAUUUAUCACUGUUUGUGUGUUUGGUACUGCAGGGCUAUUUCUACAGCCACUACUUGGGAACACAGGAAACUCUUAAGAUGUAUGAAACUUGAAAACACUUUAAUUGUUUUGUGUUCCCUACCAUAAGGAAAAAGACAUAAACUUCCUACCCAGUCCCCCAUCUACCGAAGCCGAUGACUAGAUGGAUAAAGAGGACUAUCUUGCAGAAGAGGCACCUGAAUGCCUUCCUUUGUAGAUGUUUUAUAAUGCAGGAGUCCAGAGCUGGCAUCACUCACAGGCUAAGAGUAUCAGGUCAGGCGUCUCCUGUCUGUACAUGGGAGGCUUCCAAGGACGUGACUGACCGGCGGUACAACCAAACCAUGUAAUUAACAUCAAGCCAUACUAAGAAGAGUUUUGUUGUACCUCCAGUUUAUGCAGUUUAUCAGUGUAAUGACACGUGCCAGCUGUGAAACUC